AUGGCUCGCCAAGAGACGUUACGUAGUAGAGGAGAAGAGACUGCGGAAGAGAGAGUAGUCGACGAGCGGUCGCCACUGUUGUCGCGCAAUCGAAGAGAAUCAAGUUCGUCAGGUGAGAGCUCUUUGACAUCUUCAUCGUCGAGCGGAGACUCGGACGGUCAAUUCCUUCCAUGGCAUCUCACACCGUCGACAGAGGUCGAUGAGGCGUACGUUGACGUUGAGCGUACCGCACCCGCUUGUGCCGAGAAUGAUACCGAGACGAAAUCCCAGGGCACGCCGGCAUCGGCUGUCAUCAAGAUCGUGGCGAUCCUGCUGGUUGGGACAUUUACCGCAAACGCCGAUGGCUCCUUGGUUAUGGCCACGCAUCCGACGAUUGCUUCAGAAUUCGACGACCUUGAAAAUUCGAGUUGGCUAUUUGUAGCAUUCGCGCUUGCUGGAGCGGCAACACAGACUUUGGUGGAUCUCGUGCCUCUGCGCGAUGUUGCGGCCUGGCAAGCCGGCCUCAACCUCGCCGCCACAGUUGGCCGUAGUCUCGGUGGUCCUCUCGGAGGGUGGCUUGCAGAUACCAUCGGUUGGCGCUGGUCAUUCCUUGGGCAGGCUCCUAUCUUUCUACUCGCCGUCGUGCUUUGCUGGCUCUUCCUUCCGAAGGGAAUGCCUAGCUCCGCACAUCAAGUCGAAACGGAAGACUCAAAACCCGAGGAUCCAAAGAAGAGCCCUCUUGCAAGAAUCGACUUCCUGGGUGCCGGGCUGUUGGCUCUUUUUAUCCUCGCGUUCCUGCUCCCCAUAGAGAUUGGUGGAACCAAAGUACCAUGGAAUCACCCCCUCAUCUUCAUCUUCUUUGGUGCUGCAAUUGUUCUUGGUGGCCUUUUCGCAGCUACAGAACAAUGGUGGGCCAAGGAGCCCAUCUUCCCACUGGAGAUUCUGAAGCAUCGUGACGUCGUACUUACCUACUUCAUCACCGGUGCUCAAGUCGCUGCUCAGCUCGGCCUCAUGUUCUCGGUGCCUUUAUACUUCCAAGUCACAAAAAGAGUGUCGAACACCGUUGCGGGACUACAUCUCUUCCCUGCAGUCGCCGGUAAUGCCAUCGGCGGUAUCAUGGCUGGGUAUCUGAUCAAGAAGACAGGCCGCUACAAGUAUCUUCUUGUUCUUGCGACACUUGCGUCAUCACUAUCAUACGUCCUUCUUCUUCUGCGAUGGCAUGGCGAUACCAACGUCUGGGAGUCAUUAUACAUCUUGCCAGGAGGACUAGGCGCAGGUCUGGUGCAGUCAGCUGGUUUUAUCGCCGCACAAGCCGGAGUCAACCCGAAGCACAAGGCCGCCAUCACUUCGGGCAUAUUCUUGACUGUCCAGAUCGGCAUGAUCAUCGGGCUUUCUAGCGUCAGCGCUGUUAUGAUGGAAACCAUGAGAUGGAGGCUGGAGGAGCUAUUGAAGGGGAUGGGUCUGGAUGCGCUUGUGCGCAAGACGGUAGGCUACUGA